AUUUUCUGUGCGUGCAUAUGGCGUGCAUGGUUAGCCUAACGCAAAAUCGUAACAUUUUAGAUAAAGUUUGAUUUCUGUCUUCGUAUUACUUUUUCCAUUUGCAUUGAGGUGUCUUGCGUUAUCUACUGAAAUGGCUCCCCUAAGCAUAAUGGCAGCGAGUAUCAACAUUUUGACAAAAUCGUUUGGUCUGCUUUCAACUGCAUCUCUUGCAAGGUGCACAUGUGCAAUAACAGCAGCUACGCCUUUUAGCACGACUUCUGAUGGUCGACCCAAAAGACCAACAACAUCGUACGCCCGAUAUGUGAAAGAGCAGAUGCCUCGAGUAAAGCAAAUGUAUCCAGGUUUCAAAAUGCUUGAGGCCACCAAAAAGAUUGCAGAGCGAUGGAAUGAGCUUUCACCUAAUCAAAAACGACCCUUUGAGGAGGCAUAUCGGUCUGAGCUGAUCCAGUACAAAAAGACCAUGGCCCAACUGACACCAGAACAGUCUGCAGCUAUCAAAGAGGAGAUGAGACAGAAAAUGGCCAAAAGAAAGUCCAUCCGGAAGCAUAGGGAGCUGAAUAGUCUGGGAAAACCCAAAGGACACAGAUCAGGCUUCAACAUUUUUAUGUCGGAGCAUUACGAAAGGGCACGGGGAGCUACAAGUCCGGAAAAAAUGGCAUCGCUGGUGAAAGACUGGAAAAACUUAAACGAUUCACAGAAGCAGGCGUAUGUGCAGCUUUCACAGGACGACAAAGUGCGUUACCUUAAUGAGUUAAAGAUUUGGGAGAAGCACAUGGCGGAGAUUGGCAGGUAUGACCUGAUCAGGUUGAAGAACAAGCCCAGGAAGACCGGGUCUAAAGACACAAAGUAAAAAAGGCAGCCAGAAAGACACCAGCAGCUACAAAGGAAAAUACGGCCGCGACAAAAAGGAAUAAAGAAGACCUCUGAAAGUGUUGACUGACCCUCCGUCCUGAAUAAAAACGUGUCACAGGAAA